AUGAAUAUACCACCGGGACUUGUAAAUAAACGUCCUCAGGCACCGCAAGCUCCUUCUUAUUAUACAAAUGCAGGAUCUCAACGUCAAGAUCAACAACAACAGCCACAGCCAACACCACAACAGCAAAGAGAAGUUAUUACAACACAACCACGUUAUGAACCUGGUCAAAUGAUGAUUGCUCCAAAUCCUCUAAUAAAUAUAACAUAUUGGGCUCCUUAUCCUGAUCGAAUUCCACCAAAUACUCCAGCUUAUUUGGCUCAUCUUGUUAAUGCCGAUUCCCUUUUUAUCAUACAGCAAUUGGAUUUACUCGAACUUUUUAUUGAUAUACCUGAACCUAAUUAUUAUGUUAUACAAAAUUCACAAGGGCAAUGUCUUUAUUAUGCUUAUGAAACGACUACGUUAGGAUAUUCAGGUUGUUGUCACAGUGCUCGUGGUUUUCAAUUGCACAUAAAAGAUAUUUAUCAUAAUGAAAUUAUUUAUUUAAAUAAACCUUGUGGAUGUAAUAAUUGUUUUUGUUGUUAUCCGGUAAUGGAGGUUUAUUCUCCUCCUAUGGUACCUGUGGGAGCUAUAUCACAAGUUUUUAAUGUUUCACAUGUUGAGUUUCAAAUUCUUGAUGUAGAUGAAAAUAAAAUGUUUUCCAUUUAUGGUCCAUGUUGUUGUAUGAGCUAUGGUAUUUGUGGAGAAGUAAAUUUUAGGAUUUCUGCUCUGGAUAGUAAUAGAACGGAAAUAGGUUAUAUAAGAAGAGAAAUAUACAAUCUGGUUAGAACUUAUUUUACAAAUGCUGAUGCCUAUGGAAUAUCAUUUCCCCCAGAUUUAGAUGUUAGAGUAAAAGCCAUAUUUCUGGGAGCUCUAUUUUUAAUUGAUUACACUUUUUAUGAAUAA